AUGUCGUCCAGUGAAAUCUAUCGCUAUUACUACAAGACGUCCGAGGACUUGCAGGGCUUCAAAACAGCCGCCACUGAGCCCUACUUCAAUCCGAUGGCCGCCUACAGUCCGGGCAUGACCCACUAUCAGUUCAAUGGCAACGCUUUGGCCAGCUCCAGCAGCUACUUGGCGGGAAACGGCUUCAUCAGCUUUGAGCAGGCCAGCUCCGAUGGCUGGAUCACUUCGUCGCCGGCCAGCCAUCGUUCAGAGAGUCCCGAAUACGUUGAUCUCAAUACCAUCUACAACAAUGGCUGCAACAUGGGUCACCAGCACGCUCAGCAGUACGGACUCAGUCUGGAGCAGGCACAAGCAGCAGCAGCACCGCCACCAUCCAUCGCAGAAGUACCGAUAGCUCCAUCGGUACCGUCAGUGGAGGUCAUGGGCUCCUCCAAUGUGGGCACUUGCAAGACAGUGCCAGCAGCUCCUGCCGCAGUCAAGCCCAAGCGCAGCUAUACGAAGAAGAAUCAACAGACUGCCGCCACAGCCACCUCCUCAUCCACCAGCAGUGCCUCCAGCUCCACGGCAACGGCAACGGCUCCGGCAAAUCUCUACGCUGAUGAGUUCCAGAGCUUUGACUUUGACAACUCCGCUCUGUUCGAUGACAGCGUGGAGGAUGACGACGAUCUAAUGUUGUUUGGCAGCGGGGCCGAGGACUUUGACGGCAACGACGGCUCCUUCGAUCUGGCCGAUGGCGACAGUGAAGAUGCUUCGGGAUCUACUUCCGGCAAGAAGCGUCGCAACAAGCAAAUCUCGCCGGUGGUCAAGCGGAAGCGUCGCCUGGCCGCCAACGCACGCGAGCGUCGUCGCAUGCAGAAUCUUAACCAGGCCUUCGAUCGUCUCCGGCAGUAUCUGCCCUGCCUGGGAAACGAUCGUCAGUUGUCCAAGCACGAGACCCUGCAAAUGGCCCAAACCUACAUCUCCGCAUUGGGUGAUCUGCUCCGCUAA